AUGCUGCGGUACCUGCUGAAGACGCUGCUGCAGAUGAACCUGUUCGCCGACUCGCUGGGGGCCGAAGGCUCCAACUCCUCCUCCUCGCUCCUGCUCGGCAUCAACCGCUCCAUCGCUGCGCUCCACCUGCCCGAUCUCACCCCCGGUAAUGGGUCCCAGUCUCAGCUGGAGGACACGGCCCCCCGCAUCGUGGAGCACCCCACGGAUCUCCUGGUCUCCAAAGGGGAACCGGCCACGCUGAGCUGCAAGGCCGAGGGGCGGCCGGCCCCGGCCGUGGAGUGGUACAAAGACGGGGAGCGGGUGGAGACGGACCGGGAGGAUCCCCGCUCCCACCGCACCCUCCUGCCCGGCGGCUCCCUCUUCUUCCUCCGCAUCCUGCACGGGCGGCGGGGCAAGCCCGACGAGGGGGUCUAUGUCUGCGUGGCCAGGAAUUACCUGGGGGAGGCCACCAGCCGGAACGCUUCCCUGGCGGUGGCCGUGCUGCGGGACGAUUUUCGGCAGCCCCCGGGGGAUGUGGUGGUGGCGGCGGGAGACCCGGCCGUGCUGGAGUGUGUCCCGCCCCGCGGCCAUCCCGAGCCCAGCGUCUCCUGGAAGAAGAACGGAGUCCGGCUCAGCGACAAGGACGAGCACCUGACGAUCCGUGGAGGGAAGCUGAUGGUGGCCAGUACCCGCAAGAGCGACGCCGGUGUCUACGUCUGCGUGGCCACCAACGUGGUGGGGGAGAGGGACAGCGAGCCGGCCGAGCUGGUGGUCUUUGAGCGCCCGGCGUUCGGCAAGAGGCCCCUGAACCAGGCAGUGCUGGUGGAGGGGACAGCAGAGUUCGCCUGCGAGGCGGUGGGGGAUCCCCAGCCAGCGGCACGGUGGCACAAGGAGGAGGGCGAGAUGCCACUGGGAAGGUGGGAGGUGCUGCCAGACAACACCCUGCGGAUCAGCCGGCUGCGAGCAGAGGACGAGGGCACCUACACCUGUGUGGCUGAUAACAGCGUAGGCAGGUCAGAGGCAUCUGGCACCCUCACUGUGCACGUGCCCCCCCAGCUCGUCACUGGGCCCCGCGACCAGGCUGUCACCCCUGGCCAGAGCGUGACCUUCCAGUGCCAGAGCAAGGGCAACCCACCGCCCGCUGUCUUCUGGCAGAAGGAGGGGAGCCAGGUCUGUGCCCAUCUCUGUCCACAUCCCUGUCCCCAUCCCUGA